AAAAAAAUCAGUAUAAUUCUAGUGUUCUUCACGGUUUGGUCGCAACCCCGAAAUAAAACCGCUGUCCAAAAUGGAAGCUAAAUUCUUAGCAUUGAUGGUGUGCAUGGCUUUGGUUUCGGUCAGCAUGGCUAAAGACGAUUCUCUUAAGGUCGACUCCAAAGAGUCUAUGGAAGCUUCCCAGACAUUAUACUACGGUGGUGCUUACCGGUCGGCUUUGACUCUCUUGCCAUACGGCGGUCCAUACCGAGCAGCGUACUCAUACGGUGGUCUAUACCGAGCGGCUUACCCGGCCUUGCCAUACGCUCAUUUUUCGUACGUACCAAAAAUCAACUACCAAGUCGGCUACGCACCUUUAGUGAACUACUUGAAAUAAUUUUGAAAAAGUACACACCUUAUGAUUUCAUUUCAAUACUUAUUUUUUCCACAAUAGAUUGAUUCAUACAUAAACCAUUCUUGUAAUGUACUAAAAUUGUAACA